AUGAAGCCGUGUGAGUCGUUUUGCCGGGAACUGCAGCACCACGUGUGUCCGGGCCGGCGGCGUGAGUUGAGUCAGGGCGGUCUGAUUCACAUUUUCGCUAGUUGGAGUUGUAAGAUGGCGGCCCGCUGGGGAACCGGUGAGGAGAUGUUUCCAGCGUGUAAACUAGAGUAUUUUUCACCAACGACCUAUGACGAGCACAAUGGUCUAGACACUGGAGAUGCACUUGAAGCCUUGCAUGGCUGUUUGGAUCCAUCCAUUCUUUCAAUCUUUGAAGAUUGUACAAAUGGAGAGGUUAAAAGUGGUGUUGAUGAAGAAAGUGAGGCAACACUGCUUACUGCUCUGACUGAAAUACUUGACAGUGUAGAUGAUGAAAACUUGUCUCCUUUUGACACUUUACCCGACAUGGAACUUUUACAAGGACAGAAGGACCAUGACUACUCACCUAGAUAUGAUGGUGUUGAGGAUUGUGCUGCUAGUUUUUCUCAACUUGUACAUGAUUUGGAUGUAUCAUCUGAAUUGGACUGGUGCCAUCCCAUAUCCCUGGAGCAGGAUGGGGAGACAGUGUCUGUUACUCUCAGUGAUUUGGUCAAGCACCUGCACCCAUAUGCCAUGACAUUAUGUGUAGAAGGAGAGGAGCAGCUUCUGUCUGAAGGAGGAAUCAUUUUGGAGGUGAUGGAUAAAGGAGAACAUGGAGAACCUAUUCUUACUAUCCCAGACCUGAGCUUUCCCCUUCCUCUGGAUAGUUUAGAAGAUGAACAAAGUGUUCCAGAAAGCAACCCAAAAAAGGUGACAUUUAAUCAUGAUCAUGCUGCACCAGAGGUGUCCCUGUCUAAGGUUUCAACCAUCAUGGGCAACACAGUGGAGAAUGGUGAAACAAUACUGUCUAAGAAAGAGUCAACUGAAAAAAGUCACUCAAAAAAGAAAAAGAAACAGAAAACUGAAGAACCCAAACCUGUUAAAGGAAGAGUGUUAAGAACUGCAUCGUCUAAAAAGGUAGUUGAGGAACCAAUUAAGGACAUGGAAGAACAGAAGAGAAAGAAAAAGGUCACAUUUGCACCUGUGCUUAGUGUAGAUGAGAUCAAGAAGUGUCCAGCUAAACCUUCAGAGGUGCAGACAACUGGGAUGCUCCAGGUGCCUAAGGAAGUUACUUCCUCUACUAUAACCCCCACAGCAAAUCUGCCAUUAAGUCAAGUCUGUACAGAUGUCAUGGAAUCAAAAUACUUGAAUGUCUCUGAGGAGAAAUCCACACCCGAUGAAUUGUCUAGUGAUCAAUGUACAGAAACUGCUGUUCCUUCAGAGCCUGAACUCAGCCAGCCAAGUGAACCCAAGCAAAAAUCGCUCAGUUUACAACAAUACCGUCUUCUUCGCCAGCAGAAGAAACCAUCUCCUGUGACGAAAGUUGGUGACAACCAAACUAAAUGGCCUACUUUACCUGAAGCACCCAAGGAACUUCCUCCAAUCCCCUGCCUGCCUGUCCCCAGCCCUAAAGACCCACGUCGUCCAGCCUCUGCUUCUGUGGAGAAAGAGUCUGUCCCUGAAAUCAUGCCUGCCUGGCAGCCACGAGGCCCUGGAGCACCCCCAACUCCUCAGGCAUUGCUGGUUCCACCAGCAUCAAUGUUGGCUGCUUCUAAAAAACCUGUGCCCUGUAAAUCAGUUUCUCAAGGUCCCACAAAAUCUGCAGAAAAUUUUGCUACGUCCACAAGCUCCUCCACACAGCCUCAGAAACUACCUGUUCCAACCGUUGUGCCAGAGAACACUAUUCCUAACCAGGAAUCUCAGGCUGCUAAGAAAGCAUCAGCUGAAAACACUCAAUCACUACAAGUUGCCCCUACAGAAGCUCAGAAUCUCCAUGUAUUUGAGCAGGCGACAUGUUUACAAAAUACCCCUUCUGUCACAGUGAGCCAGUUAUCAGCCCUCGCUAAGGGUCAGGAAAUUUCUCAAACUCAGGUUGUGCCUGAAGUCACCGCAAUCACUACGAAAAUUGAUAUCCCUGUGGCUGCUUCUGAUGAUCUCGAUACUGCAAGCAUAGCUGAGGAAACGUUGAAAGUUUCUGUACCUAAACCAGCAAAGCCCAGUCAGUCAGCCAGUUCCACCAAGCCUUCUGUCGGUGCCCAGCGUCAUGUUGCACCCAUAGCUCUUCAGCCCUUCUCAUCCGCUCCAAUUCAGGCCAGAAUUAUGAAGCUGGCGGAGCAGAUGAGGAUGGCUUCUGCUGUAGUGCCGAAAGCAAAGAGCCCAACUGCAGCACUUAUCGAAUCCUUUACCAGUGAAAUUGGAAUUGAGGCUUCUGACCUUACCAGCCUUUUGGAGCAGUUUGAAGAAACUCAGACCAAAGGGGAGCAGAAUGUGCCUGAGGUCUGUGGUAAAGCAGCUGCUGUAGGAAACUCCAGUAUGGAGCACCAUGCAGAAACCACAGUGCUCAAAAAAGCAUGCAGUCCUGAUCUGGGCAGCACAGCAGGCCUUACUCCACCAGCUACACCUCCUCACCAGAUGUGGAAGCCCCUGGCACCAGUUGCUUUAUUAGGAAAACCAAACAAGUCCGAUAUAGCCAAAUCAACACUGACUAAGACCAUACGAAUAGACCCAUUGCCUUUGCCUGCAAGCAGGCUCCAGAGCAAGCCCCAGACUCUUGGAAAAGUCCAGCCUUUUUCUCUAGACCACGAUUAUUGUCUCCAUUCAAAGGGAUGUUCCCAGAAUGAGCAACAAUCAAGCAUUAUCCUAAAUUCUGAUAAGACACCAUGCUCAAACAGCAAGGCAACUGUGCAGACUGGAUCUAAACUCCCUUCAAACAAGACAAUUAAAGAAAGCAUUCAAGAAAAUGUUAAAUCUCAGCCCCUUGUAUGUGUGGGUCAGACAGAGAGGGAGGCCUUGACCAGUACUCCAGGCCUCGUAACUCCCGAUGCUUCUCCUGAUAGGCUGACUUUUGAGAGAUGUCAGGAAUAUUCUGAACGUUCCCCCAGCCCAUGCCACCAAAAGAGAGGCCGCACGCAGAGAAAAUACAGAGCACGGUUACCUAGCAGGUCUAGAUCGACGUCAAGCAGCUCUGGAUCCUCUGGAUCACGCUCACCACCCAGGAAAAGGUAUAGGUCUCGCAGCACUUCCAGAUCUCCUCCAAGAUAUCGCACACGUUCACGCUCAUCAUCUCCUCGCCAGCGCAGGCACUCGUAUUCCAGCGCCAGCUCUGAUUCUUGGAGCCGCAGCCGUUCUCGGUCCCGAUCACAUUCUCGGUCUCCCUCUCGCAGAACUCACCACUGGGACACGCAUCGCAGCCCUAGCCAUAGAACUAACUACUGCUAUGAUGUUAAGCAUCAUAAUGAAGAAAUUAGAAAAUGCAAGGAGAAGGCUAUUGAGGAGCGUAGAGUAGUUUACGUUGGACGCAUUCAUGGAAGCAUGACGCGUAAGGAGCUGAGGGAGCGUUUCUCGUACUUUGGGGAGGUUGAGGAAUGCACUGUACACUUUAGAGAGCAUGGAGAUAACUAUGGCUUUGUAACAUACUACAACAAAAAAGAUGCAUUUAAUGCCAUAGAGAAUGGAAGCAAGCUUCGGCAGCCCAAUGAGCUUCCUUUUGACCUGUGCUUUGGAGGCAGGAGACAGUUUUGUAGGACUAGUUAUGCUGAUCUAGAUUCCAAUUGUGGCUUUGAUCCAGCCCCAACGAAAACCAGGGUUAGUGCACUAGACUUUGACACUUUACUUAAGCAAGCUCAGAAAAACUUGAAAAGGUAACACUUGAGGGGAGAAGAGGAAGACUGAAAUCAAAUCAUGUAUUACCUCAGUGCUAUGCACAAACCUUCAAAGUGCUGCCAUUUAGUUAAUGUAAUUUUCUUUAUUUGUGUUUCUUCAAGUUUACACCUUCUAUUGAAGUGAAGAUUUGUAUGAAAAGUAAAAGGAAAAAAAUGAAAUAACACAAAAGUAUAUAAUGUCAUGAUUUUUUAAUGAAGAAUUUAUUUAAAAUGUUUAAACUAAAAUGUUGGAUGCAUUUUAAGAAUUACGUUAAACAGUUGACCCAAUGCUGAGAGGAUGGAUUUACAUUGCUAAAAAAUGUAGCUCACUCCAAAUAAACCCAUACAAGAACUUU